GGCAGAGAAUACCAAGAAGGCCUGGGCACUAAGCAAUGAAAAUACCAGGUGGCCCACUCAGUAAUCUCUCAUCUUACUGGCCAACAUGGUUCCUGGAGGAUUUUUUUUUGUCUGGUAGCCUGUGGGUAUUCCAUUGUUGUAGUGGAUGGAAGUGUAAAGUUGGUGCAGCUGUUAAACUGUUGGUGAUUUAAGGGGGACUGGCAUACCCACUAUACCUGGCCAUCUAGGGGAGUUUUACAACCAAAUUUGCUCUUCCAGACUAAAGGUAGCAGCUUCAAAACCGGACUUUGUCCUCAGCGGAUCACAUAAAUUACAUUGCCUUAUCACCUUCAAGUGUGAUCCUGACAACCGUUUUCCAAGCCAGUUGAUAAGCUUAACCCUCAGUAAGUGGUUCCUCUUCAAUUGCAAAAUGACUCCAAAGUGAUGCGUGCUACCCGCUCCGACUUGUGAGUAUGUGUCUGGCAACUCAUUCAGUGGAGCUUGUGGAGUCUUUCUCUUGGAAUACUGACGGGCGGCUUGGCCUGGAGUUUUGGAUAUGCAGGGCCAGUGACACUAACCAAAGGAAUUGUGUAGGAGCCAUGCUGAAGUUUGUCAUCAGUAAGCCUAAAGGAUUAGACUCCUUGCAAGUGGUCAGGAAAUUAAGGCUUGAGAAUGGGUCGCAGGCAAUGCCCAAGUCACCCUCUCAAGAGUCAAAAAGUACAGCUACAAGCUCAGGGGCAUCGUCCUCAGCGACAAGUCCAGCCCCCCUCAUAGAAACCGAGGAGGUCACCGAGGUGACGAUGACCAAAAUGAGGAAGAAGCUGGCUCCUUCAAGGACUGCCAGCGAGUCUCCAUUUGACAAGCUCACUGACAAAGUCAUCACCAACAUAUUCUCCUACCUGACGGCCAAGCGCCUGUGUCGCUGCUCACAGGUUUGCAAACGUUGGCAGCGGCUUGCCUGGCAGCCCUGCCUAUGGACGUCCAUCGUGCUGUCCAAGCGACAGAAGCAUGUCGAUUACGCCCUGAAGUGUCUGGUACGGCGUCUGUGCCUGGAGACCCCCUACGUGUGCCUGACAGUGGAAAGGAUUGUGCUGAAUGGUUGUGACCAGCUGACUGACCGCGGGCUGAGUUUGAUUGCUAGACACUGUCCAGAACUGCAGCAUAUUGAAUUGGGAGGGUGCAAUAACAUUACCAACGAGGGAAUCUUCGAAUUGGUCUCGCGAUGCCCAAGCAUAGACUUUAUGGAUUUGAUGGGAUGUCAGCAGAUCAGCUUCAUGAACUUUCCCUCCGACUACAACGCACUACGAGCUAGCCCCUUGCAGGGACAGACAAUACCCCUCAGACACUUGGAUCUGUCUGACUGCAUUUCAUUGGACGAUAGCGGCCUGCGAAUCAUUGCCACAAACUGCCCGGGUCUGCUGAACCUCUACCUGAGACGUUGCUAUCAGCUGACGGAUAUCGGUGUACAGUACCUGUCGUCCCAUUGCUUCAUGAUCAAGGAGCUCUCUCUGAGUGACUGUCACCGCGUCACAGACUGCGGAAUGAGAGAAGUUGCCAAGCUGGAGUUGCAUCUUAGAUACCUGAGCGUCGCCAAGUGUGAACUCAUCACUGAUAUGGGCGUGUAUGCCAUCGCCAAGAUGUGUGUGAAACUCAGGUAUUUUAACGUUCGAGGGUGCGCGCAUAUCACAGAUAAAUCGCUGGAGGUGUUGGCCCGGGGUUGUCCACGACUGAGGUCCUUAGACGUUGGGAAAUGCCCAGCUGUUACGGACAGAGGGGUGACAAGCGUGGCUGUAAACUGUUCAGGGCUGCGCAAGCUCAGCUUUAGGGGCUGCGUCAAUGUGACAAGCGAGAGUCUUCAUAUUUUGGCCAGUUACUGCCCGGAACUACAGCAGCUCAACAUCCAAGAGUGUGAUGACCUCAGCGCGCACGCCUACAGAGUACUCAAAAAGCACUGCAGGAAGUGCAUCAUUGAGCACACCAACCCAGCUUUCUACUGAAAGUCUGCCCUGUCAGCGUGGCUAUAUGUUAAUAUGUAUGUGUGCUUGGUUUCAAAUGACUCGGCCUUUUUGAAUAUAUAAUACUGAACUGGCUCAUUGGUUGGUUAAAAAUUCAUAUGACCAAUUACAAAAACUGACAUAAAGGGAUGCCGUGCCAACUAAAUACCACUUCUGCCAUAAAAUGGCAUCAGUGGCAUUGAAAUUGAAUCUAAGGCCGUGUCCGAAACGGGCUUCCAGAGCUACGGCUAGGUCUAUUGUCUACGCGUCUCCACGCAUUUCUAAUGGAGUGAAGACGUAGACAUAGCUCUAGACAAGAGAUUUGGAUGCAGCCUAAAAGUUUGAACACGCAGGUGACAAUUAGUUUUACGUACAGCUCAUCCACACAUGUGAACCUUGUAACCUUGGCCGACCCUACAUGUACAUUGAGGGGACUGUCUCUUUUGUCAGGAAACUCGGAAUCACAACAGAUUUGUUCUCUUAAUUUUGAUCAUUCAAUUACAGCCAAUGUUCAUAGUUGCCAUUCAUGUAUGUCAGCCACAAUGGGGUAUGAUUGUCAAGUUGAAAAGCGCCCUCUCUUGUUCACUUACACAAAGUUCACCCCCCACACAUUGUCAUAAAACUCACUAAGCCUUGUACCUCUGCGAAGUGCGUUCAUGAUUCUACAAAGCAUGAAAUAGAUACCCUUUCUUCAACCGCACAGUGUACUGAAGAAAAGGGGAUAUUUUGCAGGUAAAAUAUCAUGAUGGGCUGCCUAACGUGUUAAGUCUAAAAAGAGUUUUGAUGUCACUAAAAAUGUACCAAGAAAUAGUUGGAAUUGACUGCUACAAACCGUACCCUUGUUCACUUCAAAGUAAGGUGACAUCCAUACAGUGUUUCAAGUUCAAAAGCAUCAAAAGCUUUUUUUAAUUUCAUAUUUUCAGUCUUCUCAAUAACAGGUUAGAUUCUCAUGUGCACCCCCCCCAAAAGAGCCAGGCAAUAAAUGAGUUUUCCUUACGCCGUUUUUCAAAAAGAUCAAAAAUUGGGAUGGGUCAGUUUGUGGUAUGACAACAGACUGACAUGAAGACGAAUUCUUAUUUUCUGCUUCUGGUACAAGAGAAGACGGAAACUAAGUAACAAAGGUUUUGUCCAUGUACACUGAGGUUACCUUUUAUCCUCUGUUGUUGCAUAUUUGUAUAUCCAAAACAUAGGUGGAAUAUUUACCCAUGUGAAUAUGCUAAGGGGCGUUCACACACUCUCAUGGAAAUUAGGAGACGAUUCCUGACACGGUUUGAAGGUGGAUAGUCAAUUUUAGCUUCCAGAGGUAUUGGAGGUGGAAAAAACUAGUUUCUGAGAUGAACCAUACCUCGUACAUAAGCAUUAAAAUUUCAGGAGUAAGGGAAAAGGUGCCAUAAUGCUUGAUGUUUCCACAAGCCUACUUCAUCUUGGGGAUUGUUCCACUGAAAUGUUUCCGAGAGGAACAUUGUAGGCCAAUAUGCUAGCAUAUUUUUCUUGUGCCCAUAUCCUCACAUACACUCCUGUUUAACAGUAAAACUAGCAUCUGGCACGUGAUAAACCAUGGACCAAUGAGAUUUCUGCUUUUGAUCAUGAAUAUGUAUGAAGUAUGGUAUUCCAGACUACCCAUAACCGUAACUGGCCUGAAGUAGUGCCGACUGUGUGUACAUGUAUAAGAUGGAAAGCUUGCGGUAAACACCAAGCAAUAUCUCUUUUGAGUCUGUGUGGUUCUGA